AUGCCUCCCGUUCCUGCGCAACACGGCGGUGCCAUGGGCCCGUCCGUCGCUGACAAGCUCAAGAUGGGUGCCAUGAUGGGUGGCACUGUCGGAGCUGUCAUGGGCUUCGUCUUCGGCUCCGUCAACAUCAUGCGCUACGGCGCCGGCCCCAACGGUAUUAUGAGGACUCUCGGCCAAUACAUGCUCGGAUCCGGAGCCACGUUCGGUUUCUUCAUGUCCAUCGGCAGUGUCAUUCGAUCCGACGCCUCCCCCAUCGCCAACGAGGCCUUCCGCAGGGCCCAGCGGAGACCCAUCAUCAUGUACGGCCCCGGCUCCGAGUACUCCAAGCGCCAGCAAUAA